AUGGCUCCUAGAAGUGACGAUCAGACCUCCACUGUUACUGCAACCUCUGCCUUGAUGGAUUCUUCUAAUCCUUACUAUCUUCACCCCUCUGAUUCACCAGGAAUGGUGCUGGUCAAUUCUCUCUUCAAUGGUAAGGGUUAUGCUGGGUGGAGUAGGGCUAUAGUCAUAGCUCUUUCAGCCAAGAAUAAACUUGGCUUCAUUGAUGGAAUUUUCACUCCACCAACUGCUGGUUCUAAUCAAGACAUAUGGAAGGAGUUAGAGACCAGAUUUGGACAAUGUAAUGGAGCUCAACUAUACCAACUUCAAAAGGAACUUUCGGAUGCAGUCCAGGGAGCAUCAGAUAUAGCAGGUUAUUUCAUUAAAGUUAAAAAGAUUUGGGAUAAGUUAGAUGCACUUAACACUUUUGAUCAUUGCUCCUGCACAUGCAUCUGUGGAGGAAAGGUGAAGACCUUGAAAUCUCAUCAGGAUGGGAGAUUAAUACAAUUCUUGAUGGGGCUCAAUGAAGCUUACUCAGGAGUCAAGAGCAGCAUACUUAUGAUGGAUCCUCUUCCUUCAGUUCAUCAUGCCUACUCUCUGCUAAUCCAGGAUGAGAAGCAAAGAGAAAUACAUGUUUCUGUGCAACAUCCAUCAGAAGCUGCUUUUAUGGUCUCAACUCAGAAGUUCAAUGGAGGGCAAAAACCUGCAAAUAACCAGAAGUUCACUGGCACAGAAGGGAGAUACAAACCAAACUUUGACAAACAAAAAGGAGGAAAAUAUUGUACCUAUUGUAAAAUGACAAAUCAUGUUGUUGGAAAUUGUUACAGGUUGAUUGGAUUCCCACCAGAUUUCAAGUUCACCAAAGGCAAACGUUUUCAAGCUACAGCACACAGCAAUGCUUCAGCAGUUGAAUCUGAUUCAAACAACACUCAGUCAGUGCAAGAUCUAGGGAAUACCUCUACUGGGAAUGUGAUCACACAGGAACAGCUUUCUCAAUUGUUCCAGCUCCUCCAAGAGGUCAAGGUUGGACAACAAAGUGGUCAGAUCUCUGAUGCUAAUGUCUGUGCCAACUGUGCUGUAUCAUCACACCUCUUUUAG